AUAACACAUUAAAUGUAAUUUUUAGAUAUUGUUAAUUAAAAGUAAAAAAUUAUGAAAAAACUGCACAAAGUGAGAUUUGAACUCACGCGAAAUUAAUCAUCGCAUCCUGAGUGCGACCCCUUAGACCACUCGGGCAUAAGUGCUAUGUUGAUGUUUAUGAGAAGCAUCAUAAUUUGUGAUUAAUUUAAUAGAGAAUAUUCUUUAAUUACCUUUUUUAUAUUUAUUAUAAUAAAACACGUCAAUAUGUUAAGCGAUUUCAAUAGCUGGUAUAAAACUUAGCCCCUUUUUACAAGAACAUAUGUAAGUGUUCUAGUAUUAUUUGGGAUAAUUGGAAAAUUUAAACCAUCAUAUUUGUGGUAUUUAAUGUUCGAUGCUAAUAAAAUAUUUACACUUUAAGUAAGAAUGAUAAUGAAAUAUUAUAUAGAUACAUAGACUGUUUACUCAUUACUUUUUCAGCGGUACAUUAAGUUUUAGUUUCAUCUUUCAUUUGCUGUUUAUAAUCUUUUGUAUUAAAAACUGUGAAAUGAUGUUCGAAGGAUCGAACUAUGCAGAUUUCUAUUAUAUGAUUCUUUACUUUUUUAUAACAGGAGAUGUAAAUAAGUUUGAUAAUGUAGAUUAUGUGUUGGCUAUUUGAUUAUGGAUUUUUAUCAGCGGCAUUUUGUUUUGCAUUGAUCUAUGUUUGGUGCAAGAGAAAACCAUUUGAAACAGUGAGAUUUUAUUUCGGAUUUCAAUUCAAAAGUGAAUAUUUUCCAUGGGUUUUGAUUGCUUUUCACGCAAUAACUGAUUAAGACAUAGUUUAGGACCUUAUCGGUUUAGGAAUAGCCCAUUCAUAUUUAUUAUUAAAGGACUUCCUACCAGUCACUAAUAGCAUUGCCUUAUUAGAAACACCUUAAUUUUUGUAAGAAUUCAAUUUUAUCAUAUACUAGUAAAAACUUUGUGAAUAAACACAUUGUUAAAUAUGCACCAUUUGCAAGAAAUAGAUUUAAUUAAUAAUAAUUCCAGUAACCUUAAAGGCAACAGUUCUUUUAAGGAUAAGGAAUACGUUUAGGUUGAUAUAUAAAAUAUUUGAGUAUAUAUA